AUGCCCUUUGGCUUAAAGAAUGCCAGGUCGACCUACCAAAGGAUGAUAACCAAGAUGUUUGAACAGCAGAUAGGAAAGAGCAUAGAAGUUUAUAUAGAUGACAUGGUGGUGGUAAAAAGCAAAUUGGUGGCCGACCACGUUAGAGACCUCGGCGACAUCUUUCGAAUUCUGAGAAAGUACAAGCUGCGACUUAACGCGUCCAAGUGUUCAUUUGGGGUGGGAUCCGGGAAAUUCUUAGGUUACAUGGUGACCCACCGAGGCAUCGAAGUUAACCCUGACCAAAUUAGAGCUAUACACAGCCUACAGCCACCUCGAAAUCCCAAAGAGGUCCAAAAGCUCACCGGCAUGAUCGCCACUUUAAACCGUUUCAUUUCCCGCUCAGCGGACAAAUACAGACCUUUCUUCCUCCUAUUAAACAAGUGGAAGGGCUUCGAGUGGACCGAGGAGUGUGCUUUAGCUUUCCAACAGCUUAAGGAGUACCUCGCCCGACCACCAAUUAUGUCCAGUCCUGAGGCCGACGAGGUGCUAUUCGCCUACAUUGCUGUGGCCUCUCAUGCAGUGAGCUUAGUGCUAAUCCGAGAAGACAAUGGCACGCAACGGCCCGUCUACUACGUAAGCAAAUCGCUGCACGAAGCAGAAACACGUUACCUCCCCCUCAAAAAGGUCGUUUUGGCAAUCGUACAAGCCACGCGAAAGCUUCCCCAUUAUUUCCAAGCACACAUUGUAGUUGUGCUAACCCAGCUUUCGCUGAGAUCCGUUCUUCGAAGUGUCAACUACACCGGCAGAAUUGCAAAAUGGGGGACGAUUCUGGGCGCCUUCGACAUUAGAUAUAUGCCCCACACUGCUGUGAAGGGUCAGGUCCUCGCAGAUCUUGUAGCCGAAUUUGCGGAGCCCACACUAGAAGGAGAACGAAAUGAAAGUUCAAAAACGUCACCAAGCCCUAACGGGAAACUGAUCGGUACAAUCUCUCAGCAUGAACCGAAUUGGUGGAAAGCACACAUCGAUGGCACAGCCAACCAGAGGGGCUUAGGCGUGGGGCUCGUUCUGGUCUCCCCCGAAGGGAUCACCAUCGAAAAGUCGUUGAGACUUGGUUUCUCGGCCACGAAUAACGAAGCGGAGUAUGAGGCACUGUUGGAAAGAAUGUCAAUGAUACAGAAGCUAGGUGGAAAAUUCGCAAACAUGUUCUCGGAUUCAAGACUUGUCGUGGGACAAGUAAAUGGGGAGUUGGAGGCGAAGGAUGAAAGAAUGCAAGAGUACUUAGUCCAAGUUAAACGCUUGCAGACCCAUUUUCGUCACUUCAAUCUGUCGCAUGUGUCAAGAAGCGGGAACACCCAUGCUGAUUCUCUUGCAACACUAGCCACCUCCUCGGCUCAGCCACUUCCCCGGGUUAUUCUCGUAGAAGAUCUCUACCGCCCAACGACGACGAGGGCCAACAAAAUACGGGUCCACAACGUCAGGGCUGGGCCUAGUUGGAUGGACCCUCUAGUGCUGUUCUUAAAGCACGAUACUUUACCGGACGAUAAGAACGAGGCCAAUAAGAUUAGAAGGAAGGCCUCUCGAUUCUGGUUGUCCGAGGACUCCAAACUGUACAGGCGCUCAUUCUCAGGGCUAUACUUGCUGUGUGUGCACCCAGAGGCCACUGAACUCAUCCUGGAGGAAUUACACGAAGGAAUUUGUGGAAGUCACACGGGGGGGAACAAGAGAUUUAUUCUCGUCGGCACAGAUUAUUUCACGAAAUGGGUUGAAGCUGAGGCGCUGGCAAAUAUUAGGGACGUUGAUGCCAAGAAAUUUAUUUGGAAAAAUAUCGUCACUAGAUUCGGGAUCCCUCACACACUGAUCUCGGACAAUGGCCUCCAGUUUGACAGUAAAGCUUUCAGAAGGUACUGUAGUGAGUUGGGAAUUACCAACAGAUACUCCACAUCAGCUUACCCGCAGGGUAAUGGGCAGGCGGAGGUCAUCAACAAAACUAUAGUGAAUGGGAUGAAAAAAAGGUUAGACAACGUGAAAGGGAGGUGGGUUGAAGAGUUGGCCCAUGUCUUGUGGACAUACCACACCACACCUCGCAGGUCCACAGGGGAAACCCCAUUUUCAAUGACCUAUGGAGUCGAGACUAUCAUUCCACUGGAGGUAAAUUUCCCAACACAAAGGACCACUGCAUUCUGCCCCAGUGCCAACAACGGACUUCUGGAAAAAAGCUUGGACCUCAUUGAGGAAAGAAGGGAAAGUACAAUGGUCCAGCUUGCCCACUAUCAGCAAAAACUCAAGCAAGGUUACGAUGCCAAGGUGAAGCUGAGGCCCUUGGCGCCUGGGGAUCUGUUAGUGGCAGAAUAG